UUAUCCUUUUACCCUUUAACUAAAUAUGUUGAAGUAAACGUACAAGUACCGAAAUUUCAGGAUGGUUUUCGUCAGCAGAAGCUUCAGGAUAUUUCGAUUACUUCACGGCGUGGAAUAUUCUCACCGUUAACACCAAAUGGACGAAUUAUUGUGAACGAUAUGUUGGCAUCCUGCUAUAGCGAUGUUAACGAGGCCACCUUGCAAAACACCUAUUUCUCCGUGAGAAACCAACUCAAUUGUUUUACCGGAUUUCGUAUCUUUUACCUUUACUGCUUUUCCAAAAUGAGCGUCACAAAAUUUCGUGGUCAAGUGGUUAGUGUUGUGUAG